AUGGCUUCUCAUUUCAGCGGAGCGUUGCAGCUAACAGAUUUGGAUGAUUUUAUUACUCCGUCACAGGAAUGUGUCAAGCCUGUCAAAGUGGAGAAGUCGGCUGGUGGCAGAGGACGAAUCAAAAUAGAGGAUGAUGGCAGUUAUUUCCAUAUUAACGAAAGUGGGGAGGCAACCAAACUAAAAAAAGCGGAGAUAACCUUAGAUGACUGCCUUGCCUGCAGUGGUUGCAUUACAUCAGCUGAAAGUGUCCUCAUCACUCAACAAAGUCAAGAAGAAUUGUACAAGGCGAUAGAAGAGAACAGAAUACAUUGCAAAAAUGGAACUCCAGAGAAGGAAAAAGUAAUUAUAGUGUCAGUUUCACCACAGUCGAGAGCAUCGUUGGCUGCAAAGUAUGGUCUCUCAGUCUAUGAUGCAGCAGCAAAGAUAACAGGCUUCUUCAAGAAUAUAGGUGUCCACUAUGUGUUUGACACAACGUUUACCAGAGACUUCAGUCUGAUUGAGAGUGGGAGGGAGUUUAUAACAAGGUUUAAGAAAAGCACGCAGAAAGGUAGUCUUCCCAUGCUAGCAUCUGCCUGUCCAGGCUGGGUGUGCUACGCUGAGAAGACACAUGGCAGCUACAUACUACCAUACAUCAGUACGACAAAGUCACCGCAACAGAUCAUGGGCUCACUUGUAAAGGAUUAUUUCGCUAAAAAACACAACAAAACUGCCGAUCAGAUUUAUCAUGUGACCGUGAUGCCAUGCUUUGACAAGAAACUGGAAGCAUCGAGGCAAGAUUUUUACAAUGACAUUUACAGAACGAGGGAUGUUGAUUGUGUCAUCACUUCAGGUGAAGUGGAAGUUAUGUUAGAAAAAGAAGGAGUCCUAUUGGCAGAUGUGGAGUCACAUGACCUAGAUACAAUAUUUACCAGAUCAGAAAACAACGAAGUGAUUGGCCAUGGCGGCAGUGGAUCUGGAGGAUAUCUUGAGUACAUACUGAAGCAUGCUGCCCUUGAACUCUACGGACAUCAAGUAGAUAGUAUACAGUAUAAAAUGCUCAGAAAUAAAGAUUUUAAGGAAGUAACGCUUGAAGUCAAUGGAAAAGUAGAAUUGAAAUUUGCAAUCGCCAACGGAUUUCGCAAUAUUCAAAAUUUGGUACAGAAGAUCAAGAGAGGUAAAAGCCCAUACCAUUUUGUAGAAGUCAUGGCAUGUCCUUCAGGAUGUCUAAAUGGUGGUGGUCAGAUCAGAGCUGAGAACUUGCAGGGUGCAAAUGAUCUACUCACCAAGGUGGAAGAAAUCUACCAUUCUGCGCAAACGAGGACACCACAGGAAAACGGUGCGAUGGAAACGCUUUAUGCUGAUUGGCUAGGAGGCAUGGACAGUGAUAAAAUGAGGACUAUGUUACAUACUCAAUACCAUGAAAUAGAAAAAGAUACAUCUGCACUGAAUCUGAAAUGGUGAUAUUUAUUGAGACAAAUUAGCAGCAUGAUUUGUCAUUUAAUUGGCUGAAAAAUUACAUCUAUUUAAGUCAGCAGACUGACAAUUUAAAUAUCAUCUGCUAAAUAUAUUGGAAUAUGUACGUAGAAAGUUAUUGUCAUUUUAACGAGACCACCUCACUGCAGUAUGGUAUAUAUCAAGUUCAAGAGAUCUCCAGACAGCAGAUACAUGUAUUUAUACUAUGACAAUCCACCAAUGCCUAGGAACAUUGUUACAGUUGCAUCUUAUCAAAUAAAAAUAACAUCAAUGAAAACACGGGUGAUUGCUUUAUUAUAAGGAAUUCCCAGCAUGCAACAUUUGAACCGACCAAUUAACAGUGAGUUUAAUUUCUAAAGAAACUUGUUGGUUGUGAGGUAUUUCAAGGAUUGCAUCUAUAUUAUAGUGGAGUGGCAUACACAGGUGAUUUUUAUGCCAAACUAAAAGUAACAAUCUAACAAGCAGCAUUUAUUUCCGAUAUUCAUUAGUAGUGGUGCACAUAACCAUUCACUGGUAUGAUUAGUUUAAUAAACAUGUAUUGGCACCAAUCUCACUUCGCACAUUUUACGUUAUCAAUACCUAGUACUAGGUAUACAGAUAUGUACAAGAAUGAAUGUAAUACAUAUACCUUCUCUGUAUCAAUAUAAUAAAGUCUUCCCGAAAAAUUGUA